UUAAUUGUAUUAUAAUUGUUAAUUGGAACCAGUUACUUGAUAAGUUGUUGAUAGUUAUAAAAGAAGUGUGGUGAAAAGUUGUGAUUUAGUUGAAAAUAAUUUUUUGCAAUUUAUAAUGUCUGAAGAAAAUCAUAAUGAAUCAUCUAAUACGAGUGCAACGAGAGCUAGUAACAUACAGAAAAUCCUUGAUAGAAAACAAAAGAUAUUUAACUUGCCUAGGACGUCUAAGCUAUUCAAAAUAUCAACUUAUUCGACAUGUCAAUAUGAGAAAGGAUGUAAAUGUGUUGGAUUCAAAUUGAGUGAGGAGCAGCGUAAGAAAGAUGAAUCAAGUUAUUUACCACAAAAUAAGGAUUUAUGUUCAAAUACUAAUUGUUCUCAUCCUUUCUCAAAACAUGUGUGCCAUUUAAAUAGUUUGACUGAUUCAGAUUUAAAUCGAUUGCUUAACAAUAUCGUUGAUAUGGAAAAUUUAUAUAUUAGUAUCUCGAGGCAGAAUGAUGCAGACAUUAAGAAAGUUUAUAUUUAUUUAUCGAAAUUACUCCGUCAUUGUAUCCUCACAAAAAGUCAAUCAGUUAUAGUCACACCACCAGAAUCACCACUUGGACAGCCACCGUUUGAAUCGCCGUGCAUUCAAAGAAUUAUAUCAAAUUUUGUCUUUAUCAAGUAUGGACAUUUACGCGAGAAUCCAUCAACAAAACUUCAAUUUCAAAUAUUUACAGAGCUGGCAAAAAAUUUCCUACAUUGUAUAAAUUGUUGGGAUUAUGAGACACCGAACGAUAGGAGAACUGAAACAACAUCAAAUGAUGAGGCUUCGGGAUAUAGGAUUAAUUAUACUAGAUGGUUAAUAAAUGCUUGGAUUCCUGCAUUUUGCUCAAGUUUUCGUCAAUACAAAACGUCAAAUAUAUUUGGAAAGGCUUUCCUCAAGUCAAUCUAUAGCUUCGUAUCGUCAUUAAUGCUACAAAAAUAUAAAGCCGAUAAGGAACGUUCAAAGUUACCUGCUGAAAAACUAAUCGUUUUUGAUUCAUUGCCAAAAUUCUUAGAUGAUUUACGUGAAGAGAUCGCCAAUGAAGGUUCAUUAAUCUUUGACUCUGAAUUCAAGCCUGUAUUUCCAAAUACUGGGAGUCAAGGAGGUACAAUCAAGCGUGAACUUCAGGAUCCAAAUUGUAAUGAAGAUCCGCGAUUUAAAAGAUUGAAACGUGAAAAUACGUGUGAAGACUUAUCAGAUCUGACUGUCUUGAAUAUCCUCGAACGCAUUAACGACGAUGACUACAAAGUUCAUGCUGAAGUACUAAACCCUGUCAAAUUGUCAGCAAGAGAUGAUGCAGCGAAGGCAGAACAAAGCAGAAAAGAAAUAUCUUUUCAUAUCAUUGCGAAUCCUUUAAAUAAACAGCCGUCCGCAGAAUGUUUGGCGUGGCUCUUGACUUGUAAAAAUGUUUUUGCUCAUCAACUGCCUAGAAUGCCAAAGGAGUAUAUUACACAGCUAGUGUUCGAUGGUAAACACAAGACUCUAGCUCUUAUAAAAGACAACAAACCAAUCGGUGGAAUCUGCUUUCGUCCAUUUCCAAGUCAAGGCUUUAUCGAGAUUGUAUUUUGUGCAGUCACGAGUAGCGAGCAAGUUAAAGGCUAUGGAACACACUUAAUGAAUCAUCUUAAAGACUACAGCAAUAAGCAGGAAAUUCGUCACUUCUUAACAUUCGCUGAUGAGUUUGCACUCGGAUAUUUCAAGAAGCAAGGAUUCUCGGAAGAAAUAAAACUUGCUCCAGCUGCCUACUCUGGAUUUAUAAAAGAAUAUGAAGGUGCUACCCUCAUGCAUUGCGAGUUACAUUCAGGAAUUGUUUACACGCAAUUUAGUAACGUUAUAAGGAAGCAAAAGGAAAUUAUUAAGGAAUUGAUACUUCAACGACAACAGGAGAUGCAGAAAAUUUACCCUGGCAUCUCAGCAUUCAGAGAAGGAUCAAAAUGCAUAUCUUUGGAAUCGAUACCGGGUCUGAGGGAUAUAAAUUGGAGGGCAAUUAGGGCAUUAAAACAAAUUAAAUCGACUGAAGAAGAAGAAGACUUUGAGAAGUUCACCAUGCAACUAAGUUCAGUUCUAAAUGCUGUUCGUCAGCACCAAAGUAGUUGGCCAUUUUUACAGCCAGUAUCAGCCGCAGAAGUUCCAGAUUAUUAUAAUAUUAUUAGAUUUCCAAUGGACCUUAAAACAAUCAGUGAUCGCUUGAAAAAUAGAUACUAUGUUAGUCGCCGCCUUUUUCAAGCUGAUAUGAAACGAAUUUUUACAAAUUGCCGGAUUUACAAUUCGCCAGAAACUGAAUAUGUUGCAUUAGCUAACAAGCUCGAAAAUUACUUUCAAACCAAAAUGCGUAAACUAGGAUUAUGGGAUGAGAAAUAAAAACAAUUAGCAUUGAGGUAAAAAGGGUAUCUAGAGCAAUAGAUAGAACGAAACGGAUAAGUAAUGGACAUGUUAUAGGAGGAAGAUACAAUUUAUAGAUUUAAAACAACAGAUAUAUUAAGCACUUUUAUUUAGCUGACGUAAAAUGAGAAGAAGGAACUAAUUAACACAGAAAAAACAGUCAUCAGGUACAUAAUACAUGCAGAAUAUAUUAAAGAGAAUUAAAGUUUGAGUUUAACGUACAUUAGAAAGGAUAUUAAAAAAUCAUAAGACGCUUAUGAAGCAUAAAUAAAGAAUCGUGCA